AUGACAUCACCCAACACCAGAAGUUCUAACAAAACUCCCAAUCCUCAGAAAAAUGCAAUCACCUUCACAAAACUCCGAAAAAGAAACAAAAUCACGAUUAUCGUCCUAACCUCUUUUCUAAUCACAUUAACACUAAUCACGGGCGCCUUAAUGACCUACCUAUCGCAUAGCAACACGUGGCCGUCAGAAAACUCGGUCCCCUUCAAUAAUCUCGUGCUUUUCUACUCCGGCCCUUGCCGUGCCCAGCCUUGCUGGAGAGUACACAACACUAUCAUCAACACAAGAUCCAUAUUUGAACCGGACCGGGUUUUCAAUCUCGUCCUCCAAAAAUCGGUCCAAGAUCUUGAAGACAUUAUCUCCUUGAUUAAUGGCGGGCCAAGCAUACAAAUGCGGGCCGAUUCACAGCACAUGAAUGUGAGCGAUGACGGUGAUAAAAAUCGGACCGCUUUACAAAACUGUGUGGACUCGUUGCGCAACGGAUCGGGUCAAAUCGGGUCCGUUUUCCAAAUCAGCCCGUUUCUGGGGAUGCAGAGUGGCGAGCAAAGGGGUGAGACGAUUAAACGGAUCAUGGCCGCGGAGGAGAAUCUCGAAGCGUGCGCUCGUGGCCUGGAGAAUGACGUGGACGAAUGGACGGCCAGGAUUGGAUUGAGGGAGAAGGUGCUCCGAGUGAAGGUGCACCUGAGAAGCAGCAGGGAAAAUUUUUUUACGGAUGAGUACGACGACGUUUGGGUCAAGUUUUGGAACGAUUUUGUGGCUAAAUGGCGGAUGACGUAUGGGGACGCGUUUCUCGUUUUCGUGGGUGGGAUCCAGCUGCUGUUCAUGUUUUUCUUGGUUUGGACCCUCUUCAAAUUCUGUUGUAGGUAA